GGGAGGCCAUGUUGGUUUUAGAGUGACCCAUGCCCCCAGUGAUGGAUCCCCUAGACAGAGCUCAAGUUCUCCUCCUCUGUGACCUGUGUCAAAUAGCUGCAUUACAGAGCCACUGUGAACUUUGUCAGAUUAACCUGUGUAAGGCCUGUGUAGGGGAGCAUCUGUCUGAUUCAUCUAAAAGACACAAAGUUGUUCCAUACAAACACAGAAAAUCUACUCCUAACCUUAACUACCCAAAAUGUCCAAACCACACCGAGAAACAUUGUGAACUUUACUGUAAGAAAUGUGACAUCCCUGUCUGUUCUACCUGCAUCUCCUCGGGUAAACAUCAUGGUCAUGAAUUCAAAGAUAUCUUGCAGAAACCAAGCUUUAUGAAAGAAAUUUUUAAGACGGAUCUGAAAGAACUAGAAAAAAGAAUAUUACCUACUUAUGAAGAAAUUUUAUCCGAUCUAUACUCUGAAAAAGUAAAGUUGGAAAAGCAUUAUGAGAAACUGACAUCAGCUGUCACCAAACAAGGAGAAGACUGGCACAGAGAAAUUAACAUCAUUGUCAACAAACAGAAAUCUGAAAUUGAUGAGAUGAAAGCUAAACACAUGGCUGCUGUCAAUAAACAGGAAAAAGAAAUCAAACAGAUUACUUCUGAAGUAAAACAGAGCAUAUUUGAUCUGAAGAAAUUACUGGACUCCAAUGAUGUCUCCGUAACCUCUGGGUACAAAUCUAGAAAUGCUGAAUUCAGAAGUUUACCUCCUAAAGUCAAUGUGUCAUUACCAAGUUAUUCUCCUCAUCAGAUCAACACAGAACAGCUCCAUCAAAUGUUUGGUUCUCUGUCAGCAUUAUCCAUUACAACACAAGAACAUGGCUACACAAUGAAGGCACCAGAAGCUGUAUCCUGUCCUCCAGUCAAACCACUGCUUGAUGAACCAGAGCUCAUCACCACCAUAGACACUGGGUAUAGCUAUCUACACAGUGUUACCUGUCUCAGUGAUGAAGAAAUCUGGACAUGUGGAAAUGACAAAAUCAUGAAACUCUACAACAUCCAGGGCAAACUGCUGAAGUCAAUCCAAACCAAGUCUGGAUACAGGCUACGUGACAUAGCAGUGACAAGGAGUGGAGAUCUAGUUUAUACUGAACCUAUUACAAGAACUGUAAACAUAGUGAAGAAUGACCAGAUACAGGAAGUGAUUAGACUACAGGGGUGGAAACCUCGCUAUGUCUGUAGUACCUCCUCUGGUGACCUCCUGGUUACCAUGGACAGUGAUGAUGAUAAACAAUCAAAAGUUGUCCGUUACUCUGGCUCCACAGAGAAACAAAGCAUUCAGUUUGAUAGUGAAGGUAAACCUUUGUAUUCAUCUAGUUCAUACACUAAAUACAUCAGUGAGAAUAAGAACCUAGAUAUCUGUGUCACUGACAGUGGAGCCAGUGCAGUAGUGGUGGUCAAUCAGGCAGGAAAACUCCGAUUUAGAUACACUGGUCAUCCCUCUACUACCAAGGGAUCAUUUGCUCCAGUUGGCAUCACAACAGACAGCCAGAGUCAGAUCCUGACAUCAGACAGUGACAACAACUGUAUCCACAUCCUAGAUCAGGACGGACAGUUCCUCCGUUACAUUGAUAACUGUGAUCUAGAGUUACCUUGGGGCUUACGUGUAGACACAAGAGACAACCUCUUUGUGAUCCAGUUUGGCAGUGAAAAAAGAAUAUUACCUACUUAUGAAGAAAUUUCAUCAGAUCUAUACUCUGAAAAAGCAAAGUUGGAAAAGCAUUAUGAGAAACUGGCAUCAGCUGUCACCAAACAAGGAGAAGACUGGCACAGAGAAAUUAACAUCAUUGUCAACAAAUUGAAAUCUGAAAUUGAUGAGAUGAAAACUAAACACCUGGCUGCUGUAAAUAAACAGGAAAAAGAAAUCAAACAGAUUACUUCUGAAGUAAAACAGAGCAUAGUUGAUCUGAGGAAAUUACUGGACUCCAAUGAUGUCUCCCUAACCUCUGGGUACAAAUCUAGAAAUGCUGAAUUCAGAACUUUACCUCCUAAAGUCAAUGUGUCAUUACCAAGUUAUUCUCCUCAUCAGAUCAACACAGAACAGCUCCAUCAAAUGUUUGGUACUCUGUCAGCAUUAUCCAUUACAACAGAAGAGCGUGGCUACACAAUGAAGACACCAGAAGCUGUAUCCUGUCCUCCAGUCAAACCACUGCUUGAUGAACCAGAGCUCAUCACCACCAUAGACACUGGGUAUAGAGAACUAUACAGUGUUACCUGUCUCAGUGAUGAAGAAAUCUGGACAUGUGGAGAAGACAAAAUCAUGAAACUCUACAACCUCCAUGGCAAACUACUGAAGUCAAUCCAAACCAAGUCUGGAAAAAUAUCAGAUGACAUAGCAGUGACAAGGAGUGGAGACCCAGUUUAUACUGACCCUGGUACAAGAACUGUAAACAUGGUGAAGAAUAAACAGAUACAGGAAGUGAUCAGACUACAGGGGUGGAAACCUUACACUGUCUGUAGUAGCUCCUCUGGUGACCUCCUGGUUACCAUGGACAGUGACAAUGAUAAACAAUCAAAAGUUGUCCGUUACUCUGGCUCCACAGAGAAACAAACCAUUCAGUUUGAUAGUGAAGGUAAACCUCUGUAUUCAUAUAGUAAUAUCUUUAGUAAAUACAUCAGUGAGAACAGGAACCUAGAUAUCUGUGUGGCUGACUGUACAGCCCAUGCAGUAGUGGUGGUCAAUCAGGCAGGAAAACUCCGAUUUAGAUACACUGGUCAUUCCUCUACUACCAAGGGAUCAUUUGAUCCACUCGGCAUCACAACAGACAGCCAGAGUCAGAUCCUGACAUCAGACCCGGACAACUACUGUGUCCGAAUCCUAGAUCAGGAUGGACAUUUCCUCCGUUACAUUGAUAAUUGUGAUCUACAGUUACCAUGGGGUUUAUGUGUAGACACCAGAGACAAUCUCUUUGUGACCGAGUUGAACAGUGGUAAAGUGAAGAAAAUCAAAUACAUGUAAAACAUUGUAUUUUGAAUAAUGACUUAUUUGUGAGAGAGACUUUUUCCAAAAUCACAAGAAUAUAUAGUUUAAUUCAGGUUCACUUUCUCGUGUUCAUAUGUUUGUGUAAAAUAAUUUA